GAGCAGGAGACGAACAUAGGGUUCAAGAAACUCUCCUCCAUUGAUGAUGAAGGGAGCGAGUUGGACGAGAUGGAGGAAGGACCGCCAGCGGCAGCGCUGCACAGGAGACGAGCGUUAGUCCCUCCGAAGAUGAUCAGUGAUGGGUAUGAAGAAGAAGAGGAACACCAAGAUUCGUCUCAGGGGCGACGUAAGACAUCGGAUGAUAACAGCUUGACAAGAAACAGGAGAAGAAGCUCUAUUGUGGUUAUCCCUCCUAUGCAGAUCUGUCCAGGAGACUUGCUCGUCUACAGCAGAGUGUUGAAUCAUAGAAACGACUUUCUGGCUGAUUUUGAUGGAUCGACCCAGUGCUUGGCUGUGACCGAAGACUCCUCCAGGAAGGGAAAGAACACCUGGUCGUUACUACGACUG